AUGGCUGACAGGCGCACACAGAUGUCAGUAACAACAGAGAAGAUGUUUAUGUUUUCUUGUGUUUUUUAUUUAUCAUGGACGUCUGUUCGGGCCGAGAUUCAUUCUGCAGUUCUCGAUAAACAAACUGGCCAGCUGUCCUUGGAGGAGGGGUUCCGAGACGACUAUGUAGCCUGGGCGAACUUUACCGACGACAUCAAGAACUCGGGCUGGGGAUAUCUGGAAGUGACCACUAGCGGACGCUAUAAUGAUAGUAUCCAGGCGUAUGCUUCCGGGGCCGUUGAGGCUGCAGUCACCUCCCAGCUGAUCUAUAAGCACUGGAUGAACACUCUUAUGGGGUACUGCGGUCCGUUUACCUUCGAGUCGGGAUUCUGCCAGAGACUGAAGGAUUACAUCACUUCCAACCUGCAAUGGGUCAGACAGCAGAUAGAGGAGCAUCCACACUGUCCCUACUGGCACCAGGUGCGGUUGGCGUUGCUGCAGCUGAAAGGUCUGGAGGACGGUUACAAUGAUCAGCUGUCAUUUCCCAGUGGCCCUUUCACUCUCAACCCCUUCGGCUUCCUACUUUUCCAGAUGGGAGGAGACCUAGAGGAUCUUGAAGGGGCCCUAAACAAAUCCAGCCAUUCACGGACUCUGGGCUCCGGCUCUUGCUCCGCCCUCAUCAAGCUGUUGCCUGGCAACAAGGAUCUACUGGUGUCUCAUGAUACCUGGAACAUCUACCAGGCCAUGCUGCGCAUCCUAAAAAAGUACCAGUUUGCCUACCGUGUCUCUCCUACAGACAGUGAUAUGAUCCCUGGUGGAACCCAGGCGUUCUCUUCCUACCCAGGCUCCAUCUUCUCUGGAGAUGACUUCUACAUCCUUAGCACUGGGCUGGUUACUCUGGAGACCACCAUUGGCAACAGUAACCCUGCCCUCUGGAAGUUUGUUCAACCAACCGGAGCAGUGAUGGAGUGGCUGAGAAACAUCGUAGCCAAUCGGCUGGCUACAACUGGCAAGGCGUGGGCAGAGAUUUUCAGCAAACACAACAGCGGAACGUAUAAUAACCAGUGGAUGAUAGUGGACUACAGGCAUUUCACUCCAGGGAUGACAGAGACUAAGGAGCAGCUGUUUACUGUGCUGGAGCAGAUCCCUGGGCUAGUUGUUCACUCUGAUAAAACCCAGGAAUUGCUGCAGAAUGGCUACUGGUCUAGUUACAACAUCCCGUACUAUGAGGAGGUGUUUAAUGCCAGCGGCUGUAGAGAACUGGUAGAGCAGUUUGGUCCAUGGUUUUCUCUGGACAUGAAUCCUCGAGCCCAGAUCUUCAGAAGGAACCAAUCACACGUCACAGACAUGGACUCCAUGGUCCGCCUCAUGAGGUAUAAUAACUUUAAAGAGGACCCAUUGUCACGGUGCGAGGGCUGCGACCCGCCUGCUAACGGGGAGAACACCAUCUCGGCCCGCUCCGACCUGAACCAGGCUAAUGGGACAUAUCCCUUUGGAGCGCUGAAGCAGAGACCACAUGGUGGAACGGAUAUGAAGGUGACGUCUUAUGAGAUGUGGCGUGAGUUUGGGUUCUUGGCAGCGAGUGGACCCACGUGGGACCAGGUACCUGCUUUCCAGUGGAGUUCCUCUCCCUACUCAGACCUGAUGCACAUGGGACACCCCGACACCUGGGCUUUCACACCUAUACAUGUCACCUGGUCUACCUAACCCGUAACCUUUUAAAUUAACCCUACACGCACACAGUGUAAGAAAAUAAACUGAGGGGUGCUGGAUUUCAUUUGAAAAGGGGAAAUGAUUACAAAUGUAAUGCAAAUGGAUAUACAGUACAACAGUAAGCAUAUGUUUACUGCACUGCUGUUUGAGAUAAGGGAAUGUGUUUUAACAGUUUAAAAAACAAAAUAAUUUUUGCUCAUACUGGCUGUCUCAUAUUGAAUGUAAUGUGAGAUGGUAUAACUCUGUUUGAAAUGAGACUUCCACUAUUGACAAUAUUGAGGUAGGAAAUUGUACCUCUUAGAUGCACAAAAAAAUACUUUGUUUGGGCAAUAUAGAAUGAUUUUUGUUUUCCAUUUUUAAAUCUGUUUUCAAUUUGAAUUCUAAAGUAUUCUACCAUUUGAUUCAUGCUGCUAAGGCACUGGUCAAUUCAUUUAAUUCAUAUCAACGCUAUUAAGACCGUAAUCAGAUCAAAAUAGGUAUUACAUUUCUCAUUUGACAGGAAAAGGCUUGAAUGUGUCCAGUUUUUUAUUCAAAUUGUCGAUGGUUGUCAUUAAAUGAGUUUUGAACUUCAA